GCACAGCUUUGAUGCCAACUUUAAAACUAACAGAAUAAAAUUAAUAAAUUUCUAUUUUUAAAACAUUUAAUAUAACAUGUAUAAACAUAAGCGUUAAACAAUUAAAGUUUCACUAAUAACUUACCAGUUGUCUACACUUUGCUCAAAUGUAGUGUAAUUCUAAAGAUAUUUUAGAGAAAUUUCUUGAUUUUGACGUUUUGUUUAUAGAACAUGGCGGCUAUUAGUGAAGUAAGCAGAAGAAAUUUGGAAUAUACCAUUCAUAAAUAUUCUAGUUAUUCACCAACAUACGCACCUGAUAAUAUACAGGAAGAUAAACCAAUUGAUCAGUCGUCUCGAUGGUCGUCAGAUUCAAGCACACCGCCCCAGUUCCUCACUCUCAAACUACAUAAGCAUUCCAUAGUUGAAACCAUCACCUUUGGGAAGUAUGAGAAGACUCACGUUUGCAACCUUAAGAAAUUUAAAGUGUACGGAGGAUUGCAAGAGGAAAACAUGGUUGAACUCUUAGACAGUGGCUUGAAGAAUGACAGUAUUCCAGAGACUUUUCCGUUGCGACACAUCAUCGCUAAUAGUCCGUUCCCGUGCCGCUACAUAAAGAUAGUGCCGUUGCAGGCUUGGGGGCCCAGUUUCAAUUUCAGUAUUUGGUUCGUGGAAUUAACAGGAAUUGAUGAUUGGGAAUUUGUGAAGCCUUGCAUCGAGAGGGUGCACACUUACAGGAAAAGAGAAGCGAUACGAUUGUGUUUGAAGUUUUUCCGCCAGCUUGACUACGGCGACGUGUUCGAUGCUCUGCAGCAGCGCACAGACAUAAUGCUGGAAGAUCCGCUCCUCACCAAACUGCACAACCUGUUGGUGAAUGACGGUGAUUACGAAGGUGCCGAGAAGUAUGUGGAGCAGUGUGGAGCCGGUGGUUUCUUCAACGAGUUCAUCGGAGGACAGGAUUACCAGCCAGUGUGGCGGCCGAUCCAGUGCAGAGACUCGGACGUGCAACCGGGAAUGAGAGGCGGCCACCAGAUGUGCAUCGACCCGUACACAGAGACCAUCUACUUGUUCGGUGGCUGGGACGGCAACCAGGACCUGAGCGACUUGUGGACGUACAAUGUGGCCACUUGCAAGUGGACGCUCAUUACCAAGGACACAGAGGCAGAGGGAGGCCCAAGUGCCCGAUCCUGUCACAAGAUCUGUAUUGACCCUGAGCGCCGGCAGAUCUUCACGUUGGGAAGGUACCUUGACACGCUUUACAGGACGCUGGACAACAUCAAGAGUGACUUCUACAUGUACGACAUUGACAGUAACACGUGGACCCUGAUAUCUGAGGACACGGGAGAGAUGGGAGGACCACAGCUAAUAUUCGACCACCAGAUGUGUAUGGAUAGCAAACAGAGGAAGAUAUACGUGUUUGGUGGCAGGGUGUUGACUAGGCAAGCUGGGAUCGUGAUAGACGAGCGGGCGAGUGCGGGGUGCAUAUCCCUGAUUGGCAACUCAGAGCCAGUGUUCUCGGGGCUGUUUUCCUACCACGUGCCCACCAACACGUGGUCGAAGCUCUGUGAUGACAUCAGCUGGCCGAGCAGCCCCGGAUUCCCCACCAUCCGGUCCCGCGUCGGUCAUUCCAUGCUCUUCCACCCGGGUUGCCGUAAACUUUUCAUAUUUGCUGGCCAGCGAUGCAAGGAGUACCUGAAUGAUUUCUUCACUUACAACGUUGAUACGCAGGAGAUUGAACAGAUAUCGGAGGGAAACAAAAAAGACCCUUCCAAUAACAUCCCUGCUGCAGGAUUCACUCAGCGAGCGACAAUAGAUCCUGAGCUCAACGAGAUUUAUGUUCUCUCUGGUCUCAGUAAAGACAAAGAAAAGAGAGAUGACAACGUACAAAACUCUUUUUGGGUUUAUUACAUAUCACAGAAUAAAUGGUCAUGUAUCUACAGAAACGAAAACACGGGAGAGCAGUACUGGAGCAAAAUGCAGCAUUUGGAGCCGUGUCCAAGAUUUGCCCAUCAGCUUGUCUACGACCCGUGUAAAAAGGUGCAUUAUCUUUUUGGUGGCAAUCCUGGUCGAGCAUGCCUACCAAAACUUCGCCUCGAUGAUUUUUGGAAGCUCCAGCUGUGUCGUCCGUCAACAGAGCAAGUCCUGCAGAGGUGUAAACUCUUGAUCAGGAAGCACAGGUUUGAAGAACUUGCAGCUAAAAACAGCAUGGCAGCAUUACACUACUUGCAAACUUCGCUGUCAGAGAUAAUUGAUCAUGAAGAUCAAGAGCAAACUAGAGAGUUCCAGCUGCUCACUGCCGUGCUGUUCCAAAAGCAAGAAGGGGGCGACGCGGCAGCGUGCAGCGCUGGGGACUCGGUGGGCUGCCACGGCCGGCGCUCUGUGCUGUUCGACCACCUGGUGGCGUUCUUUCCUCGCGUCAUGGUCCACCCCAAGGCCAACCUCAUCGAUCUGAUCCCGCUGUGACCUCUGACCGAAGCCUUCGUGUGCCCCCCUCGACCACAAAGUCAGAAUUGCACUUCUGCACAGGAAUGAAUAAAACAAGUGUACGUUAUUGUCGUAGUUGUGUACGUUUUCUUCAGUACUUUAUCUUCAUUGGCUCUACAAUGACCUCGUGACAUUGCAGUGUAAAUAUUGUACAUGACUUGACUCUUCAUGCAUACCUGCUGGUAUGUGGCAUUGUUAAUGAUUAUUGAACUUGUGUGGAUAUGUGUUUACUACAUAUGCAUAAUUUUUUAUAUUGAUUUCUUGUAUUGCUGCAAAGUUAAUCCUAAGAACUUUUGUGUAUGUACAAAGUACAGUUUUUGUGACACUCCAGAAUGAUCAGCCACCGUACUUUUGAUGGUCUUGAAGCAAUUGUACAGUGUUAUGUAUAAGUAGUGUAAAAUAUUCCUCACUAUGGUGUUAAUAAAGUGUCUAAUGAAGACUGAUUAAGAACUUAGGUAGACUAUAGGUGUGGCAUUGUAUAUAUUUGUUAUGUAAUAUUUGUGUAAUUUUUUGUUAUCUUUAGGUCAAACAGAUAUUGAUUAUUCAGCCUUUGUAAACUAUCAGUUUAUUUUGUAGGUUUUAAUAUUAGUAUAUUAUCCUAUAUUACAAGGAAAUCAGUCUUUUUAUUUAUUAAGUUGGAAAUAAACCUGUGGAGUUGAUUCUGAACAAACUUUGUACAUUAUUUGUGUUGUAUGUAGUGUAUUACUUCAGUGGUCUAUAAGAAAUCAUGACUAAAAAAGAUGUACCCUAAUUUAAAAAAGACCUUGCCUGUACCCAUCGGGGCAUGAGAGAACAUAUGAACAAAUUGGGGAUCAACAUCUUGUUGAUAUCAAGGACAUUGAAGAUGGAUGAUGGGUGCGAUGAAGAUAGAGAGCAGUGGUGGUGAACAGGAGUACCCUAGAAACCUCACUAGUGGUUGGUCAGUUCAUAAUAUGGGUGUUCACAUUAUUUGCUCUGGAUAAGGACUACAAAUCUGUAAUAAAGGUGACCAAAGGAGGUGCAAAAUUCUGAUUUUAAAACAUAAUAGUAGCGGUGCUAAAGUCUGUGUAAAAAUUUGUUAAGUCAAUAAUUUAGUGUAAUGUGCUUUUUCUUUUUUCUUUUCAAAAAUUGUAUUCUUUAGCCUGCACAUUAAACUUAGUGUGUUUAAUUUUGUAAAAACUAUUCCAGAAAUUAACCCAACAAUUUAUACAUAAUCAUCUCUAUAACAUUAAUUAUAGUCAAACAAAAAUAUAAAAUAACUUAUUGUUAAGCAAGGCAGUACACCAAUUCCGUACACUUAGCAUAAACAGGGUAUUAUUAUAACUAAAUUAAAUGUAAACAAAGGGACAGGGGUAAAUGUACAUAAAAAAAAAAAAAAAAAAACAUUUUAAGUAGUGGUGCACCGAUAUGACUUUACCGAUUACCGAUUCGAUUACUGAUUAUGACAGCAAUAAUCUGCAGAUACCGAUUCAGUUACCGAU